AUGGCCGCCUCCACCAUGUCUGUCUGCUCUGACGCUCCCACCAACUCCUCCUGGCAGGUGGACGACUGCCCAGAGAGCUGCUGUGAGCCCUGCGGCUGUGCCCCCAGCUGCUGCCAGCCCAGCUGCUGUGUUCCUUGCUGUGUCCCCAGCUGCUGUGUCCCCAGCUGUUGCCAGUCCCUCCUCUGCACCCCAGUGAGCUGUGUGUCCAGCCCCUGCUGCCAGUCUUCCUGCUGCACACCCUCAUGCUGCCAGCAGUCUAGCUGCCAGCCAGCUUGCUGCACCUGCUCCCCCUGCCAGCAGCCCUGCGGUGUGACCCUUUGCUGCAGGCCUGUGUGCUGCACACCCAUCUGCUCUGAAUCCUGCUGCCAGCAGUCUAGCUGCCAGCCCUCCUGCUGUGUGCCUGUCUGCUGCAGGCCUGUGUGCUGCACACCCAUCUGCUCUGCCUCCUCCUCCUGCUGCUGCCAGCCCUCCUGCUGUGCUCCUGGGUGCUGCAAGCCUGUGUGCUGCAAGCCCUGCUCCAGCCUGUCCCUGCUGUGCCGCCCUGUGUGCAGACCUGCCUGCUGUGUGCCCACCUCCUCCUGCUGUGCCUCCUCCUGCCAGCCCAGCUGCUGUCGCCCAGCCUCCUGUGUGUCCCUGCUGUGCCGCCCUGCCUGCUCCAGACAGGCCUGCUCUGGACACAAGUCCACCUGCUGA